AUCAAGAUCGGAAUGGGACGUCCCGAGGCGAGCGAGUGGAGCGGCCUGUGGAACAGCCGGUGAACGCUAACAUCAAAGAUGCCGACAACUGUAUAUCCUUUGGUCAGAAAGUAAAUGCAAUGCAGGCGAACAUUAGUGGACGUCGAUGGUGGCGCCACCUUCUUAAACUUCAAUUCGACACUUCCGACAGUCAGCUGGCACUCUGUCAAGUUCGUUUGGAGGGUUUGGAGAGAUUACGAUUACGCAUCGAAAAAAUUGAAUUGGAAUUUGUUUAAUCAAAAUAAGAAGCAUCUAGAUUCCCUUUUUUCGAUUGAUCACAUUUCAAUCUCCAAUCGUAAUUGAAUUGUAAUUGAAUUGUAAUUGAAGUUGUAAUCUAUCGAAAUGGAUGUAAAUCUGUUGAUAUUUAUCGCAUCGACGAUCGUUAUAUUAAUUAUUAUAUGUAUUAUUUUUCUACAACGUAGAUCUGAAGGUAUCCAAGAAACACAUGUUAAUGCUCAAGAUGCUGUAAUACAAGGUCGGCCGAUAAGAAGAGCAGCUGGUGUGAGAAAUGUCAGGCAUCGUAUGCAAGGACAUACUAAUUAUCAAUCGUUUGAAGAAGAAAACAGACAAGUUGAUGAAGAUAAUGAUGGUCCAGAUGAUAAAAUAGAAUUACCAGAUCAUAAGAUAGGGACGAAAAAACGAGCAAAGCUAGCAGCUAAAGCUGAAAAAAAGCUUCAGAGAGAGGCGGUUGAACGAGAGAGAGAAGAGCGUAAAAAGCGAGAGCAUCUUUUACAAGAAGAAAGAGACAAACAGAUUGAGAAGGAACGUGCAGAGGAAUUGCGAGUAGAGGAAGCAGAGAAAAAAGCUAGAGAGGAGAAAGAGAAGAAAGAAUAUGAAGAAUAUUUAAAGAUGAAAGAAGCUUUUAAUAUUGAAGAGGAAGGUUACGAACAGGAAAACAAAGAGUGUGAAGAAAAUUUAUUGCAAGAAUUCUUAGUAUAUAUAAAACAGAAUAAAGUACUGGUCCUAGAAGAUCUAGCUGCACAUUUUGGUUUAAAAACAGCUAGUGUUGUAGAAAGAAUUCAAGAAUUGCAAGCAAAUGGUAAUUUGACUGGAGUAAUUGACGAUAGAGGGAAGUUUAUUUAUAUUUCGGAGGGUGAACUUCAAUCUAUUGCCAAGUUUGUACGACAACGUGGUAGAAUUAGUAUCACAGAAUUAGCUGAAAAUUCGAAUAAUUUGAUUAAUUUGGCUCCUGUAAAAAGUUGUAGUGUUUCAGCUAGUUAGAUAAAUCUUAUGCUAAGGUCUCUUAUUAUAUAGUAUUGUAUUAUAUA